AAGGGGCAGGACAGUUCUCAGAGGGUCACCGCUGUUAGCGAAAGUCGCUCCCAAUUCUCUGACGGAGAGACAAGGGGUUAGGGUGCGGAUAUUGCUGCUGGGGUUCUUUAGGGGAAGAUGUGGGAUCCUCGGCAAGGUCCGUAGAAGCCCUUUCCAAGGUUUCUCUUGGCGAGUAUGGGCGAGACCGUUUCUUCCCACCUCCUAUUAGAGGCCAGGGCUAGAUCUUGAUCCGAGAGUAGUCCUGAAGAGGGGAGAGUCUGAUCAGGUUGUUGCUAUACAGAAAGAGCAAGUAGAGAGAGCAGUGUUGGGGAAACUGAGAGCAGAGCAUUGUCUAGGGAGCUUCUAGGAAGGGAAAGUAGUGGAAGUGCGAGAGGGGCGUGGCCGCGUUUGUUGCUAUGGCGCCGCGUAGGCUUGGUUGGGAGGGGAAACGAAGAGCACGUAGUCUUCGUAGGUUGGGGCUUUCCUAGACGCCUAUCGUUAUGUCAUCAAACGCGCGCCCCUUGUCGCAGGGCUCUCACAUCAUCGCGGGGCGGGGGCUGUGAAGGGAGCGGGAGGGGGGCGGUGCCGCUGAGAAGUACGUCACGUGUCUCGGUUGCCUACGCGCCGCUGGGCCGUGGGAAGAUGGCGGACGGGAAGGGAGACGCCGCUGCCUCUGGAGCCCCGGCCGGGGCCGGGUCGGGAGCCGGGGCCCGCAGCCGCCGCCCGGCAUCGCCCGCGUUGGGGCCCCCGGGCCUCUGGUCGCGCCUCUGGCAGCUGGAGACUGAGCUUCGCGAGCAGGAAGUGUCGGAGGGCUCGUCGCGCGUCUACUGCCGGAGCUUCUGCCAGACAUUGCUGCAGUAUGCAGGCAAUAGGAAUACAUCAGAACACAUGGCGUGCCUUUUGGAAGUAUAUCGACUCUCAAUACAGAGUUUUGCCAGUGCUCGGCCAUAUUUAACUACUGAAUGUGAAGAUGUUCUCCUCGUUUUGGGCAGACUAGUACUGAGUUGUUUUGAGCUUUUGCUUUCUGUGCCUGAAACUGAACUACCAUGUGAUGUAUGGGUACCUUUUAAUCAGUCCAUACAGGACUCACAUGAUGCUUUGUUGGAAUUUGGAAAUAAUAACCUCCAAGUCUUGGUUGAUAUUACCAAAGAAGGUGUGUGGAAAAAUCCAGUCCUUCUUAAAAUACUGUCUCAGCAACCAGUAGAGCCAGAGGAAGCCAAUAGAUUUAUUGCACGAGAAGGACCUUCUUUUCUGCAGAUGCGAAUAAAACAUUUAUUGAAGUCAAACUGUAUCACACAAGCUACUUCCUUGUCAAAAUUAUGUGCAGAAUCUAAAGAAAUUCCCAAUGUGUCAUCUUUUCGGCAAGCUUAUAUCACAUGUUUAUGCUCCAUGUUACCUAAUGAAGACGCCAUUAAGGAGAUUGCAAAAUUGGACUGCAAGGAAGUGCUAGACAUCAUAUGUAAUCUGGAAUCUGAGGGUCAGGAUCACACAGCCUUUAUUCUCUGUACGACUUACCUAACGCAGCAGCUGCAAACUGCGAGUGUGUGUUAUUCUUGGGAGCUGACUCUUUUUUGGAGUAAAUUGCAAAGAAGAAUUGAUCCUUCUUUAGAUAUAUUUUUGGAGCGUUGUCGACAGUUUGGUGUUAUUGCUAAAACACAGCAACAUCUCUUCUGCCUGAUUAGAGUUGUACAAACAGAAGCAGAAGAUGCUGGUGUGGCAGUGUCCAUUUUAUUAUGUGUGAGAGCCCUUCAAAUUCGAUCAAGUGAAGAUGAUGAAAUGAAAACAUCAGUGUGUAAAACUAUUGGUUGUCUUUUACCAGAAGACCUUGAAGUUAGAAGAGCCUGUCAGCUUACUGAAUUUUUGUUAGAGCCCAGCUGGGCUGGAUUUAACCUGUUAGAAGAACUAUACCUGCAACCAGAUCAGAAGUUUGAUGAGGAAAAUGCUCCAGUUCCCAACUCUCUCCGAUGUGAGCUUUUGUUAGCUCUAAAAGCACACUGGCCUUUUGAUCCUGAAUUUUGGGACUGGAAAACCUUAAAACGACAUUGUCACCAACUCCUAGGCCAAGAAGCUUCUGAUUCUGAUGAUGACCUCAGUGGCUAUGAGAUGUCGAUUAAUGAGACAGAUGUUUUGGAGUCUUUUCUCAGUGACUAUGAAGAGAACAAAGAUGAUAAACAUUCCAAAAGAAGAGAUUCAACAGAUCAGCAGAAGGAGAAAAGAGACAAAAAACCAAUUGGUUCUUCUGAAAGAUAUCAGAGGUGGCUUCAGUAUAAGUUCUUCUGUGUCCUCUGCAAAAGAGAAUGUAUAGAAGCAAGGAUACUCCAUCAUUCCAAGAUGCACAUGGAAGAUGGAAUUUAUACUUGCCCUGUCUGUAUAAAAAAAUUCAAGAAAAAGGAAUUUUUUGUACCUCAUGUAAUGGAACAUGUAAAAAUGCCACCAAGCAGAAGAGACAGACCCAGAAAGAAAUUAUUGAUGAAGAGAGAGCGUUCUCAAAAGGGUAAUGGCUCCAGGAGUCCUUCUGGAGCAUCUGAUCAAAACCAGUCAUCCAAUGAACAGGGAGAUUCUCAAGAGUAUGUUACCUUCAGCAAACUAGAGGAUUGCCACUUGCAAGAUAGAGAUUUAUACCCUUGCCCUGGGACAGACUGCUCCCGAGUAUUUAAGCAAUUUAAGUACCUAAGUGUGCACCUCAAAGCUGAACACCAAAACAAUGAUGAAAAUGCCAAGCAUUACUUGGACAUGAAGAACCGGAGAGAGAAAUGUUCUUAUUGUCGGCGACAUUUCAUGACAGCUUUUCAUCUACGGGAACAUGAGCGAGUUCACUGUGGACCUCAGCCUUAUAUGUGUGUCUCUAUAGACUGCUAUGCGACAUUUGGGUCAGUGAAUGAGCUACUUAACCAUAAACAAAAACAUGAGGAUCUUCGAUACAAAUGUGAAUUAAAUGGCUGCAGUAUUGUUUUCAGUGAUUUGGGACAGCUUUAUCACCAUGAAGCUCAGCAUUUUCGGGAUGCAUCCUACACAUGCAACUUUAUUGGUUGCAAAAAGUUCUACUAUUCUAAAACUGAAUUUGAGAAACACCUCUCCAUGCAUAAUGGUGACAUCUCAAAUGGAGAUAUUAAGACAACAGUAAAACUUGAAUCUGCAGCAAAUGAAAAGAACAGUUGUCAAGAUCAACCUCAUUUACUUGACCCAACUGAGAAAUCUCAUCUACCUGAGGAUCUGCUUUUCUCUGUGGAGGCAACUAGUUCCCAGUUAGCUCCAGAUAUUGAGGAAGCUGGCUCUGAUAACCUAAAAGACAAUAGUGACAGCAACUCCAGUGAUCAAUUAAGUCACAGCUCAUCUGCCUCAAUGAAUGAAGAACUCAUUGAUACACUGGACUCUCCUGAGACUAUGCCUGAUAUUUUACUAUCCUCUCAUGAUAAAGUCUUUGACCCUUCCAGUUUAAAAGAGAAAUGUUCCAAUGUGGCAGUUUGUUUUGAUGGGAAAAAGUUUACCUGUGGUUUUGAAGGCUGUGGUUCCACAUACAAAAAUGCUAGGGGUAUGCAGAAACAUCUCCGAAAGGUUCAUCCUUGCCAUUUCAAGCAUAAAAAACCAUUGGGAAUAAAAGAUAAAGAGAUGUUUCCAUUUUUGGACAGUGAACACAGUCAAACAAAUGAAAACUUUAAUGCUGAGCCUAAGCCGGGUUCAGAUACAAACAGUGACUCCCCAGAUGAAGGUCUAGAUCACAAUAUGCACACUAAAUGUAAAAGUGAUCUUCAAAGUUGUCACCAUUCUCCUGAAGCCCCUAUUUGUUCUUCCAGAGUUCCGUGUACUGAGGAUGCCAUGUUGGAGCUUCUGUUGCGCUUGAAACACUUAAGCUUGAAAAACUCAAUAACACACACAUCCUUCUCAGGGUCACUGCCAGUGUAUCCAUCCAAUGGUGCUAAGUCCCUUCAGUCAGUUUCAUCAAGCCCUAUCUCAGACCUUCACUUUCAGAAUCAAGAAGAAAAUUUGUCAAGUCAAUAUCUUGCACAAUUGGCAGCCAAACCAUUUUUCUGUGAACUUCAAGGCUGCAAAUACGAAUUUGUGACCAGAGAGGCUUUGUUGAUGCAUUAUGUCAAAAAGCAUAAUUAUUCUAGAGACAAAGUCCUACAGUUAUCCAUGUUUCAGCAUCGAUACUCCCCUUUUCAGUGUCAUAUUUGCCAAAGGUCAUUUACCAGGAAAACCCACCUUCGAAUUCAUUAUAAAAAUAAGCAUCAGAUUAGCAAUGAAAAAGUCACUCAUAAAUUAUUUGAUAAUGGAAAAUGUGAUCAUAUAAGCCCCUGCACAGGGGAUCACUUGAAAGGUAAUGUCUUGGGUGGUUGCUCUGCUUCUACUUUUUGUGGAAGUGCAGAUCUUGGAGAUGAUCAGACAAAUAACUCUGAAAAGCAAAUCCGACAUCCUAAAAAGGAAGAGUGUAGUUCAGAAACUGAUUUGGAAUCUUCCUGUGAGGAAAUUGAUAAUAAUAUGACAGGAAAAUCGUCUAACAUUUCAUCACCAAUAGAUAGCCACAGGGAAGAAUUAGAAGCAAGAGAGGGAAGAGGGAGUAGAAGAACUGUUGCCAAAGGAAAUCUGUGCUAUAUUUUGAACAAGUACCACAAACCAUUCCAUUGUAUUCAUAAAAGUUGCAAUUCUUCAUUCACAAAUCUAAAGGGCUUGAUUCGACAUUACCGAACAGUGCAUCAAUAUAAUAGAGAGCAGUUGUGUUUGGAAAAAGACAAAGCACGAACAAAAAGGGAACUAGUCAAAUGUAAAAAAAUAUUUGCUUGCAAAUAUAAAGAGUGUAAUAAGCGUUUCCUAUGCUCCAAAGCACUGGCUAAACACUGUAGUGAUUCCCAUAACUUAGACCCUGUUGAAGAUCAGAAAGUCCUUUCUGAGUCUGAUUCUGCUGCCAGGUUUCCCUGUAGCCAAGCACAGUGCCCAGCGGUCUUCUACACUCUUAACAAGUUGAAGCACCAUUUGACAGAACAGCAUGGUAUUGAAGGAGAGAUAAAUUCAGACUUUGAAAUUCAUUGUGACCUUAAUGGCUGUGAUCGAAUCUUCACACAUCGAAGUAACUACUCUCAACAUGUGUAUUAUCGACACAAGGACUAUUAUGAUGACCUCUUUGGGAAUCCAAAAGUGGAAAAUGAGAGUGUACUGAGAAGUGAAGGUGAGAAAGGUUAUGGAACUACCCGGUCUCACAGUGAAACAAGUCAGAAUAAUAAGAAAGCAUUAAAUACUAAAACUAGAAAAUGUGGUGGCCUGAUUAAAGACAAAAAGCUUCCAAUCAUUUUUAAAACAAAAGAGGAAGCCCUAAAUAUGUGUGCAGAGCAGUCUGAACACACUCAAUACCCCUGUAUGAUCCAAGGCUGUGCAUCUGUUGUCAAAUUGGAAAGUAGUAUAUUAAGACAUUACAAACGUACACACCAGAUGAGCAGUGCUUAUUUAGAGCAACAGAUGGAAAUGCUAGUAGUUUGUGUUAAGUAUGGUACCAAAAUUAAAGAAGAACCACCCUCUGAGGUAGAGCCUUGUGUAAAGAAGGAAGAAACCAGAAACUGUGAACCAGGAAGCACAGUACAUACCCACCGCCCUGGUGAAAAUGAAGCAUCUCUCCAAAAGGGCAACAGUUCCCCUCAUCCAGAAAAUAAAGGAAAUGGCAGUCAGGAAGGGUGUGUAGAAGGCAAUUCUGUAUUUAAUACAGAUACCUUCCUGUAUAGAGAAACUUCAAAAUGUAACCAUAGUUCAGAAACCACUAGCUUGGAAGAGUGUCAUGUUACUGAUCCCUCUUCCUGUAAAAUUGAAAAGUCUACACCUAAGAACACUGAUGGAACUGAGAGCAGAUCCCAUUUAACAAAUUUCCAGUUGCCUUUACCAAGAAAAAGGGUACCAGAAACUGGGCACCAUACCUCUAAACUGGAAAGUAAUGUGGUAAAAACUCCAGUUCAUGUUCCAAAAGAUACAUUUCGGAAACAUUCACAGGCCAGAUCAUUUGAUUUGAAGACUUAUAAACCCAUGGGCUUUGAAUCUUCAUUUUUAAAAUUCAUUCAGGAAAGUAAGGAAAAAGAGGAUGAUUUUGAUGAUUGGGAGCCAUCGGAGCACUUAACAGUAAAUGAAGUUCCACAGCCCAGUGAUGACUUAGCAGGGAAUGCAACUGUGGAUGGUAUAGUGAAUGAAAAAAGCCCUAAAGUUGAUAUACCUCUUCCUUCCAAUGAUUCUGCAAUUCAUGAUAACAUGACUGCAAUCCAGCCUAUCAUUGUAGCAGAAUCAUCAACUGUCCCUUCCCUUGAAAAUCUGAGGGUCAUAUUAGAUAAGGCACUAACAGACUGUGGAGAGCUUGCCUUAAAACAACUACAUUAUCUGCGGCCGGUGGUCGUCCUGGAAAGAUCUAAAUUUUCCACAUCUCUUUUAGACUUGUUUCCAACAAAAAAAACAGAUGAGCUUUGUGUAGUAGGGAGUUCCUAAGUAGCAGUUUUGUUUUAGAGAACAGACUGGCUUCAGUACUGCAGCAUGGGGACAAUUGCCAAUUCGAACAAAGGCUGAGCAGCAGCCACACCAUUGUUUAGGGUAGGGUAGGCUGUGCAUUUUCAUGAAUGUAUAAUAUCUUUGUCAACAGUAUUGGCAGCGUUCAUUAGCUCCCCAGUUGGUUUGUUUAUUGGUUGGGUUAUUUUGUUUUGUUUUGUUUUAUUAAGAAAAUGGAACUGUGCUCUGUUUGGUGCUAAUUAAUACAUCAAAUAUACUGGGGCUUCCUUUUUCAAAUUAAGUGUGCAUGAUUGUAUAUGGAACAGAUACUGAGGCCCUAGGGUGGGAGGGCUGGGGGGAGGGAGGCAGACAGAGUUCUUACUUGACUUGAAUGUGCACCUAAGGGUGCUUUGUGUAAUAUAUUGUACACUACAGCAUCUUAUAUUUUUUGAGUUGAGUUUCAAUAAAUUACAAUUUUUCACCCAUUUCUGUUUUAAUUGGCAAAAGUUUUCAUGCCAUUCACAAGAUGGAAUGAACAUGUGUUCUUAUGCUUCUUUCCAGUUAUGACUCACUGAAGCAACCAGUGUUAAACUUCUUUAAAGAAAAAUCAUUGUUUUAAAAAGUGGAGAUGAAAGGGAGAGGCCAGUUCUUAAUGCAGCCUGGAAUUGUAGAACUAAUUGUCACAUGGUCCACUGAAAUUUUUUAUCCAUAUUCACCAAAAGUGUCGUUCAUUCAUGUGUGAAGGGUGGAACUUGACACACCUUUCAUGAAGUUUUAGAAAUGGCAGACAGAGAGAGACUUAAGGAAGUGGAGGAAUCAUCUUUUGGUUUUUUGUUUGUUUUUGUUUUUUCCUGCAUGUACUGUUUAAGAUAAUUGAACAAAGAUUUGAGGGUCUUUAUUUUAUAUUACUCAUGAGAAUGAUACACUAGUGAAAUCAUAGUUCUCGGUAACUAAAUUUUAAUGCUGCUCACCUUUAUUUCACUAUUCCUGCAUGUAAUAAUACUAGCUUUCAUUGUACCCUCUAUUCCAAGGCUUCUUAAACUUUUUCCACUUGUGACUCCUAAGAAAUUUGUAUGUGACCUUGGUUAUAUAGGCAUACAAAAUAGGUGUUCAAAUCAAACAUUUACUGAUAUUAAGUCAUAAUUUCAAACACCCUCACAUUCAAUUGUGUAAUCCCAUGUGGAGUCACAAACCACUAGCCCACUAACGUCCUAUCACUCUUAAGUGUAAUUUUUACUUUUGGGUUGUUCUACAUCACCUCUGGUGGCACUUCCAACCUAGAAUUUCUGUUAUUCAGAUAUGAAUAACAUGGUACUUGCUUAUGGUAAACCUUUUAAAAUGGAAGUAAUGAUCUGCUACUCUCUCAAGAUAAAUAUUUCAUUUGAGGAUAAUUAGGAGUAAUUUCACUUCUCAUAUUGGAAAGAUCCAUUUGGCAUAGAAACGAGUCUAGAAACCAGUUCAAGUCUCAUACUGCAACUAGUUCAUGAUAUGACUUUCCCUUCCCUACCCCGUGUUAAUAUUUUUCCAAAUACAUACUUUUCAACAUUCAUUUUUAUAAGCCUUUAGGUUUCAAAUUUUUCUUCCUCCUUCCCCCACUUCAUCCCUCCUCAAGAAAGUGUGCAAUCUGAUAUGACAUAAAUGUGUAUUCCUUUUAAACAUAUUUGUUGUCUUGUGUAAGAA